UACGCACAGUUUAAGAAGACUGCAAUGAGAAGUGCGUCUCAGAAUAGUGGGUUCUGUCACAGCAAAAUGAAGAUGACUGUGAUCUACUCAGUGCUUUUCUGGUUCUUGUUGAAGGCCAGCAGAUGCCAGCUUCAAUGUGUUAAAGAAACUUUUGAUGAAACAAAGUUUUCAAUCAAUGUGACCGGACACGUUAACUUGGAAUCUGGCAGCUGCCAUGAAAUCUCAUAUACACUGACCCUUCCAACAAACACAGUUACAGCCCCAUAUAAAAUGAGAUGGUUCAAAGGCGAUCCAGCAAAUAUUGUAACCACAACAGAGGUUGAUGAGGUGAAUUCUGAGAGACAAGACUCAUUCAGGAUAUAUGGCCUUCCACAAGGAGAGUAUGAGUAUGGUCUCAAACUGGAAUGGGGGUGUAAUCAGACAUAUAUUUUUCCCAAGAGGGUUCACAUCUCAGUUUCCGCAUUAACCCGAAAACCAAUGGUUUGGGUUCAUCCAAUGGUGGACGGAGAAGGUGCCAGAGUAAUAUGCAGACCUGAACGUUUAUGUUUUGGUACAGCAGAUGUCCAGUGGAAAUGGACAAAAGCUGACGGAACAGCUAAAGUGAUUCCAGGGCGAUAUGAUGGUUAUCCCCCAUUUCGAAUGUGGAAUAGAAAUGAGAGAUAUGAUGGUUAUCCCCGAUUUCGAAUGCGGAAUGGAAAUGAAUUAUGGCUCACUCCUACCGCAGAUGAUCACAACACCAACAUCACAUGUGUGGCCAUAUAUGACUAUGAUGCUGUUGAAACAACUGUCACCUUGAAUGUAAAAUUUUCACCUAGAAUCCUAAACAGCUCCCAGUGCACGACUGAUGGAGAGCUGCUGGUCUGUAUGUGCAUCAGUCGGGGGAAUCCUCUGGCUCCGAUCACCUGGCCCUUGGUGACCCUCACAGAUUACUCAGUCAGCAGCUUCAGCAGCCUCCAAACAGUGAACAGCACCAUCACCCUGCCUGCUGCUGACAACCACAACACCACCAUCAGAUGCAUCAGCAGCAAUGAACUGGGCCAGGCUGUGAAAGACAUCCCACUUCAAGAGAAUUUAAUUCCAGAGAAUGUGUCUGGGUUGAAUUUGAAUUCCAAGUCCAAUGCAGUCCUUCCUUGGAUAGUUGUUGGUGUGUCUUUAAGCCUGAACCUGGUCCUCCUCACCACCCUGAUCGUCUGCACUUGUAAACGGUAAGAACAUGAAGUUACGUUAAAUGAAAACCUGUAAACUGUAAGAAAAUAGAAAACAGACUGAAGUUUGUUAAAUGAGGAUGGUUUUUUUUCUUCUAAUUUUGUAGCAGUAAAAGCAAAAGUCACCCAAAGGAACUUUGUGAAGAAAUGAACACUUAUGCUUCCCUAAAUGCUAAGGAUAUUGAGCAACCUUAUGACAUCAUCUCUUCACCAAACACACAAACCUGAGUUCUCCUUUUGUUCACUGAGAAAACUUAUUUCUUCAGAUGGGUAUGUCAGUGCUGGAGUCAUGUUUUGUUUUCAUUAUUUGUUUUUAUAUUUAAACCUACUGAAAAUUACAUUUCAUGUGAACCGUGCAGACUGAUUAAAUGAUGAUAUUGUUGACACUCA